GAGCAUUGCGCGUGCUUCUGUUGUGCGGGCUGAUGCGAAGCAUUCUGGGAAGUGUUUCCCAGGUGGUUUCUGUUAGCAUCCGCUCCCCUUGUCCUCCCUUGAGUCUCCUCUCUCCCACACCUUCCUCGACUGAUGCCUGGAUCUGGAGCCUGAUCUCUCAACAAGGACUGAGUGGAAGGUGAGGUCCUGACUCCUUCAGCAAGGCUCCUGAAGCAGCAGAGAGACAAGGCUUGGGAUGUUGGCUCUGGGGUGAGGCUGGGUUCAGGAACCCCACCUGCCUCUGCUUUCACCUGCGCGUGGGUGCAACAGCUGCCAUCUUUGUUGACCCAGCCAUCCCCCAGGAGGACAAUGACCAAGGUCAAGGAGAUGGUGACCUUCAGGGACGUGGCCGUGGUCUUCAGUGAGGAGGAGCUGGGGCUGCUGGACGCUGCUCAGAGGAAGCUGUACCACGAUGUGAUGCUGGAGAACUUCAGGAUGCUGCUCUCAGUGGGAGACAAGAAUCCUGAGGAGAUGGAGUCUCUUGAGGAAGUGGGAUUGAGGCACCUGUCACAUGAGGCGCUUUUCUGCUCACAAAUCUGGCAGCAGGUUAGCAGGGACCUAAUGAAGGCUGGAGACUGCAGAGUAAGCAUCAGGGAAACUGGCUCUCCGUUGAAGCGAGAUGAUGCACAUGGUGCAGACAGGAAGUACAGCAAACAUUCCGGUCAGAAACCAUGGCUCCAACUCCACUGUGGAACAGAUGGUGGUGAAGAACCUUACAGAGAGGAGAGGAGCGAGAAAGACUCUUGGGACUCUCCUCUGCAGGCUAACGGGCGACCCCCCGCAGGAGAGAAGAGGUAUAGGUGUGAAAAAUGUGACCACGCCUUCUGUCGGUUAUCGGGUCUCCAAGCCCAUCAGGUGAGGCACACUGGAGAGAAGCCAUACAAGUGUGAGGAGUGUGGCAAGGGCUUCACUCGGGCCUCCACCCUUCUGGACCAUCAGCGGGGCCACACUGGAAACAAGCCCUAUCAGUGCCAUGCUUGCUGGAAGAGUUUCUGUCACAGCUCGGAGUUUAACAAUCACAUAAGAGUCCACACGGGAGAGAAACCCUAUGUAUGCGAGGAGUGUGGGAAAGGCUUCAGCCAGGCCUCCCAUCUCCUGGCCCAUCAGAGAGGCCACACUGGAGAGAAACCCUACAAAUGUAGCACGUGUGGGAAGGGCUUCAGCCGGAGUUCAGAUCUCAACGUUCACUGCAGAAUCCACACGGGAGAGAAACCCUAUAAGUGUGAGACGUGUGGGAAAGCCUUUAGUCGGGUCUCCAUACUCCAGGUGCACCAGAGGGUCCACAGUGAAGACAAACCGUACCAGUGCGCAGAGUGUGGGAGGGGCUUCACUGUAGAGUCACACCUUCAAGCGCACCAGCGCUCCCACACGGGAGAGAGACCCUAUCAAUGUGAGGAGUGCGGGCGAGGCUUCUGUCGGGCCUCCAACUUUCUGGCUCAUCGUGGAGUCCACACAGGCGAGAAACCGUAUCGAUGUGACAUAUGCGGAAAACGCUUCCGGCAGAGGUCCUACCUCCAUGACCACCACAGGAUCCACACGGGAGAGAAACCUUACAAAUGUGAGGAGUGUGGGAAAGUCUUCAGUUGGAGCUCAUACCUCAAGGCCCACCAGAGAGUUCACACAGGAGAGAAACCAUACAGAUGUGAGGAGUGUGGGAAGGGUUUCAGCUGGAGCUCAAGUCUCCUAAUUCACCAGCGCGCCCAUGCAGAGGAUGAGGGUCGCAAGGAUUUGCCUGCAUCAGAAGGCUCACAGGGGAAACAAACUCUAUAAUGUUUUAUAGUUUGAUAUUUCAACUGGAAGCUGAAAGGUCCCAACUCUUAGAGUUCUCAAGGGAGUUGUAGUAUUAGUAUUUUGACUGGACCAGGAUGCAUUUUGAUGCUUGGGAGACCACAAGCAGAGAAGCCUUGUAAGUUGGAGCCAUGUAGACUUCAGUCAGAACCUUGACCUUUAACACAUGGAGACAGUAACCAACCGGGGGAAAGUUGAGUGUGACCUGGAGGUAUCUCAAAGGAAGGAACCAGAUCACUUUCUUAUGUUGCUGGUUGCAACCCCGUGUGGGGCUUCAUUACCGUAAGUGACAGUCACAAGAUAUUUAGGAACACUACAAGCUUUCUGCAUAUCCAGGGACCAAAACCUCAGAAUUCAACAGGUUCUAGGAGCUUCUGGCAGCUCUUACCCAUGAUGCAACUGUGUGACUUCACUGCAGCCUUCCUCAGAACACACCAUCACCACACACAGGGCCCAGCCUCUCUGCUCAGGGUCGGCGUUGUUGUCUAUGACAAAUUGCAUGGCUUUCUACAGUACACAUGCUUUCUGUUCUUCCGGAAGCGUUGCUCACGGAGCUUUCCUGUUCUCGGUCUUCUAGUUCAGCUGCAGACUCUGUUGUGUGUCUCAGUGGGAUUUUGACCAUCCUCAUUACUCCCCUUUACAGAAAGUGUUCCACGGCACUACUGUGCAAGUUAGGUUUUGUGGUUAAUAAAUUACCACUUACUGAAAUUGUUUAAAAUACAUUUCUUCCCAAUUAAUAGUACAUGUUUGAAUUGUAUAUCUACAUUGCGUACCUAUAUUCACAAGCAGUGCCUAAGACAUCAUAUGCCUUCAGUAAACUGUUAAGCCAGCCU